UAUCACCGUUUUCGCUCUUCGCCGUUACAGUGCAUCAAAUCAAGAAGCGAUUGUAUUCGAAACGGCUUGGUAAAGGAGCCUGCAUCGCUUGCUCGGGGGCUGAGCUCCAGGGGUGGUUCUUUGCGGGGAGCGCGCGAAAUUCUCGGCGGUUCCGUGUAUCGUCUACUUAUAUUACUCCAACUCAUACUCGAGGUAGCUGUUCAAGUGUUCAACUGCCCUUUCAACGUUCCUCUACCGCCUUCGACGACUACGACUACGACUACGGCUUGAUACAGUAUGGGUGCUACAGAUGUCGAUCCGUUCGAGUACCUCACCCGACCACCGCCUAACGAGACCCCUGAGGAAAGGACGAUUAGGGAAAGGAAGGAGGUUGAGGCGAAGAAGGUUAGCGACCAGAUUGACGAGGAGAUUAGGAAGGAGAGGGCGGUGAUGAAGAAGCAGCAGAAUGCGGUGAGGGUGUUGUUAUUGGGUCAGUCGGAGAGCGGAAAAUCGACUACACUGAAGAACUUCCGCAUGCGAUACGCGCGAGAGGAAUGGCAAGCCGAGCUUGCAUCGUGGAGGACGGUUAUCCAGCUCAACCUCAUUCGCUCGGUUCUCUCCAUCCUCGACGCUGUGCAAUCGGAACUGGAUAACGACCCCGCAGAGCCACCAGGAACGCCCGGCGCCGACGAGACCGAGUUCCUGCACACACCGACCGACGGUAGUACCUCACCCGCUCUCGCUAGUCCGGCCUUCAACCACCCCUCAUCCUCGAAACCUGGCCAACGACGACCUAGCGUGUCCAGCAUCCACCGCCAGCUUCAAUCGAAGGCAAGCUCGAGUUCGUUGAGGAAGGAUGCGUUGGGAGGGAAGGAGUCAUCGUUGCUGGGUGGGCAGCAUCAGCUCCUGAAACUGCGGUUAGCACCGCUUCGACGGGUCGAGACUGAUUUGAGACGGCAGUUGGGCGCCAGUGCGGAUGAUGAAGUUGUAGAUGGGGCUGCGAGCGACGAGUACGGAGCGUUAGGUCAGGUGGAUGCGGGGUCAUCGGUGAGGUCGACCGGGCUGAGGAGGAGGACGACAGCGAGGAAGGAGGUGUCGGUGAGGAGGCUGAAGGAUGCGCUGAGUGGUGGGGACAGGGCUGGCAAGUCCAAGGGCCAUUCGAGAACGAACUCGGAGGGGAGUGGAGAUGAUGCGGUUGAUGAAGCGACAGAUGUGAUUGCGAAGUGUAAAGAUGAUAUCAAGGCGCUGUGGAUGGAUGAAGCGGUUAGGCUGGUUCUGAAGAAACGCAAGAUUCGGUUGGAGGAUUCGGCUGGAUUCUUCCUCGACGACGUCGACCGAAUCGCCGCACGCGAAUACGUCCCUUCCGAUGAUGAUGUCGUGAGGGCUCGACUGCGAACGCUGGGAGUCCAGGAAUACCGAAUCACCGUCGACCAACCCGGUUCCGUUCUUUCAGGUCUCGGCGCGACGGGUUCGGAAUGGCUAUUAUACGACGUCGGUGGCUCGAGGACAAUGCGACACGCAUGGAUACCCUAUUUCGAAAAUAUCACAGCUAUCAUCUUUCUUGCUCCCGUCUCAUGCUUCGACGAACGCCUCCUCGAAGACUCGCGUAUCAACCGACUCGAAGAUUCGUUCCUCCUCUGGCGCCACGUCUGCUCGUCCAAGCUUUUGCAGAAGACGAGUUUGAUUUUGUUUAUGAACAAGUGUGAUUUGUUGAAGAGGAAGUUGAAGAUGGGUGUGAAGGUUAAUAAGUACCUCCCGAGUUAUGCGGAUAGGCCGAAUGAAGCUGGGCAUGUUGUUAAAUACCUGAAGGAGAAGUUUAGGGAUAUCGUGAAGGCUAAUGCACCGGAGGGUGGACGGGUGGCGUAUUAUUAUGCCACGUCUGUUACGGAUACGAAAACGACGUAUACGACCCUCAAAGCAGUUAAGGAUAUUAUCUUGCGUGAUCACCUCAAGAAUGCCGAUUUCGUUUAA